CCACGGACGCUGACAACUCGCUCAAAAAAAUUUGGCGGUUAAUGUUAGAAGGAAGUUGCUUGUGCUCUUAAAUACAUGUAAACCUUUUUUUUCAGUGUGUUUUGUGAGCCUGUCGCAUCUGGACCAAGCGUAAAAAUGAUUAGUAUGGUGUGAUUGGGUUAUUAUUGAUAGCUUACAAACUGUUUGUCCAGUAAAUCGUCGAGUCCUAUUUGUCGUAUGAUCCUCAAGCGUCUGCUGCUCUAUUAUGCGAGAUGUCCAAAUUACAGAAAACAAACGGUAAACACUUAUGGUGGUGUCUCCUGUGCCUCGAUUUCAGACCGGAUACAGUUAGCAAAAACAUUAAACAUCUGAAUCUAGGAAUGAACAUGUUUGAUAAGCCAAACAAAGAGGCAUUCUACAUUGUCAUCCACUUUUUAUUUAAUAAACUGAAUCCUGCACGUGCCCAAGUUGUCUUCAGACAUUGCUGGCCAAUUUGGGAUCGUAAAGGUGAUGCUGAGUUUCGAAAGGUGGCUUUUUCAUGGCUCCAAGAGAUAGCGAACGAAGAAGGUAAUGCUUUUCCUAAGGUGGCUGCAUCACAUUUACUCUCUGCUUUUGGACCAAGAUUUAUCAACUUGAUGCUCCACUUAUCUAAACAUGUCAUGCUGAAAACACUGAAGACAUUUACCACAGAUGACACUUGGGUCCCCGAGGCUGCUGCAGUGCCAGUGAGUUCAAAGGAGCUGGAGAUGAAACGAUUUCACCUGGUGAAGAGACAAUUCCAGAGAGUGACUGUAGGGCAGGACUUUCUCAUUCAAGACUACCAGAAAAGAGCUAAAGGUUUGGAGACAUCUUUGAGGGACCUUGAUGCAGAAGAUGCCAAAUAUGAUCACUUGCUUAAAGAACAUGACAGUAACACCGAUUUGAAGGAAGACAUUCUUGCAAAAAACCGAAAGGUGCGAGGCUUUUGGACUGAGACAGACAGGGUCUUAUCCCCCCUUGAAGUAGAUCGAAAAGUGGUGGAGAGUGUGAUCCAUAGACAGGUAGACUGGUACAUCUUGGGUGGGCAUGAUUUGAGCGUCAAGAUACCUGCGGUUCUGAGUGAGAGGAUGGAGAGGCUAUCCCACCAGUCCAGUGUUGGUAGCGUGUAUAAGGGAGGGCAGCCUGUCCUUGUGUGUUUGCUGGAGCUUCUAAAUGAGGGAUUACACAUCCUAAGAGAGGAGAGAGAGAAAAUUGUAGGCCCCAGUGUACAGCUUCAACACCAAGACCUCCAAGAGCAUGCCUUGCUCUUCAGCCGCUCAAAAGAAAACCUCAAGCUUAUAAGGUGGAAACUAAUCAAAGAGAAUGCAGCAGAGGUGAAGGUCUCCAUUGGGAGGCUGGAGGAGGACUGGGAGAAGAAGUGGGCAGAGUGUUUGAAAAAAACACCUCUGAUCUCUUAUCUUAAAGAGGAUCCUGUUUUUGACUUUGUCUCCCCAAUGGCUCCUCUCUCAUUUGAGCCAGCUUCUAAGGCUAGCUUUGAGGCUAGUAUCAUCUUACAAUAUCCAUUUAAAAUACCUGAACUGCUAACGUCACAAAGAAAACCAGAGAGAAUGGAGGCAGACAUCCAUUUGGAACCAGAAGUCCACCUGGAGCCAGAAAUCAAAACCAUUUCUGAGGAAGAUGAAUAUAAGGGGGUCUUGCUGUCCUCUGACAGCUGCUUUUCUCCAAAACCAGUGACUUGUGACACACCACCAUGUGAAACUCCCAUGACUUACCCGGUUAAAAUUAAGUCUGUGACUCAGACACCCAGUCCAAUACAGGCUUCCCACAGGAGAAAUCUGCACUCUAAGAUGAAGGCCUCUGUCCUAAAGAACAAGGCUGAAAUUCUAGAUUUGGAGUGUGACAACUUUGCAAGUCAAGCUUCCCACAGGAGAAAUCUGCACUCUAAGAUGAAGGCCUCUGUCCUAAAGAACAAGGCUGAAAUUCUAGAUUUGGAGUGUGACAACUUGGCAAGUCAAUUUGCAGAGGCAGUGAUUAUGAGUCCAGUCAAUGGAAGGAGUGAUGUGGACCUGGGACAGUUAUUAAAUGUCAUAUCUGAUCCCUUUUCAGCAAGGAAACAGCUGUGCCGCACCCCUGAGAGUCUAAUCAAAGAUGUGAGAAGUUCAUGGAGAAAAGCUGUGGAGGAAGGCAUGACUGAGAAGAAACAAGCUACUUGGAAUCAGCAAGACAGCCUUUCUUGGCUCAAGACACCUGUGGCUGAGGUGAAUGGCCCUUGCACCAGACCAAGUCCAGAACCUUCUCUAUUAUUUUCAGCUACUCUUGCCCAUUGCACUCCUCCUGUCCAGCAGGGGUCAACCCUCCACUCAACUGUGUCAUGGGACUCCUCGCAACUGGAGGCUCUUAACAGUCAAAGGUCAAGUGAUGUUAUUAAAUUCAGCAUUGCUCAGGAGGAGCUCCCAGACCUUUUUGAGGAUGACUUGUCAUUUAACAGUGAUGGCUCCGCAGAGAUCCAUAGUAACAAGGAGCGAGAGGAAGAACUUAUCUCAUCACCUGUUGAAUUUAAAUGUCUUGAUGGAAAAACUCCCUUACUGACAGCACAGGUGUGCUUUGAGGCCUCUUUAGAUGAAUCUCAUUUCAACGACUCCAAUAUUGAAAAGUCCCCAGUACAUGCAAGGAAGAGCCCAGGUUUGAGCCAGUGGACUACUGAUGAGAGGCUUUUCUCUCUUGAUUUGGACAAGCUUGAGAGUUUUUCCCCUCCUCCUGCAGAGAAACUCACCCUGCCCAGUUUAGUGAAUUUGACUCUUGAUGAAUACUAACAUAUCUUUAAACAACUUUCUUUUUUUUUUUUACAUGUAUGAUGCAAAAUGUGUCUGCCAUGAAUUUCACUUGCAGCUUGAUGUGAUUUUGAUCAGCCUAAUUAACAAGUACGUUAA